AUGCCAAACAUCAAACCCAUAAUCUCCAGUCGGAGAUAUUCUCGAAAGGUUGAAAGUACUAAUGAGCAUUGGGAAAUAUUAGAAGAUGGAAUCAACAAGAUAUUCCAGGGCAAGGUUAGUGAAUUGUCAUUCGAGAAGUUAUACACUACAGUGUAUGGUUUAGUAUUAAACAAAAAUGGACCUCAGCUACAGCGAAUGCUAAGUAAACUGCUUUCAUAUCAUUUUGGUAUUGUUAGGGACACAUUAGAACAGCAAACAGGACUAGAUGCACUCGAGAGCUUAAAUUUACAAUGGGAUGAACAGAAAGUUUACUUAAGACAAAUAAGUGAUGUUUUCAUAUAUAUGGACUUAGUUUAUUCCAAACGAGAAAAUAAACCGGAUGUUUCAUCGUUAGGGUCAAGGCUAUUUGUGAACCAAGUUAUCGAACCAGUUUCGGAUAUGCUCAAGGAGUCGUUAAUUGAUGAGAUCAAUAAAGCUAGAACAACAUUCAAUGAAUAUGCAGGCCUCGAAAUUGUAAAAAAUGCUAUUUCUGUGUUAGCUAAAUUGGAGAUGAAGGAAGGAAUGAGUAGUAUCUUCCUAACUGAUUUUGAACCAUUUCUCCUGGAACGUUCAGAGAUAUAUUAUAAGUCGUUACAUGAAAGAUUGCAGCAAAGUCAAGAAGAUAAUGGGUGGAAAGAUUUCAAUGCGCUAUUAAGACUUUUGAAUGUUGAAGAUGAAAUGUGUAAAAGAAUAUUUGAUGACCAGGAUACAAUACUAAAAUUCCACAAAAUCGCCGAGAAGGCUCUAGUCUCGGACAAUAUAGAAGAAAUCGCAGCAUACAGCUUAAGAAAUAUUGUGAAAAAUAGUCAAAUCAAAGAAAUGAGUACAUUGAUGUCACUCUCUUCUUCAUUGAAGGACAGGAUUGUUAUUUUGGAACGUCUUUCCAAUUGUAUUACAGAUGACGUUAAUAGUAUUCAGGUUGAUAACACAAUUAGAAAGAAGUCCGGAGCUGCAGUAAAGUGGAUCCAAGAUUUGAUUUCAUUGAAGAUAAGAUAUUAUGAUCUUGUGUCCCAACUUUCAAAUGACCAGGCUCUAACUUACAAAUAUAUAAACGAGGCUUUCGGAAAGUCAAUCAACGAAAUCAAAGUCUUUCCAGAGUUUUUGUCAUUAUACUUUGAUACACUACUAAAAUCACCGGAUUCAAAUCUCAAAGAAAAUAUUACGGUGGUAAAAAAUUGCAUUUACUUCUUCAAACUUUUCAAGGACAAAGAUACUUUCGAAGUUAUAUACCGCCAGCAGCUUUCUAGAAGACUUUUGCAACAGAAAUCUGAUAUCAGCGAAGAGCAAGAAUUAAUUCUUUUACUCCAAGAGGAUGUCGGAGCCUCAUACACUUCUAAAUUAAGAGGCAUGCUCAGAGAUCUGCACCUUUCUAAAGCAUUCAUACAGAAGAACAAGAAAAUGUUACCUUCGAAUCAAUUAGAAUUGAACAUCUUAACGCAAAUGUUUUGGCCACUACAAAAAUCCGAUAUGAACAAACAAGUUAAUAUACCCGAUUCGCUAAUCUCAUUAAAAUCUGACUUUGAAAAGUGUUAUACUAUGGUACACUCUGGUCGUCUUUUGGAAUGGAUGUAUCAUUUGAGCACCAUCGAGAUAGCUUAUCAGUUCAGAGACUCAUACCACGAACUUUCCAUGCAGAUGUACUGCGGUAUAAUAUUUCUAUUAUUCAAAGAUCAUCAGUCUUUGACCUUCGAUGAAAUUGUUGAAUUGACUAACCUCCCCGUGCAAGAAGUGCGUCGAAAUUUAAUUUCGAUGUCUAUUGCUCCCAAAACUCGUAUAUUACGAAAGAGUCCGCCAGGUAAAACCGUUUCAAACGAAGAUGUAUUCUCGAUAAACCAGGAGUUUUCUGCUCCUCAAAGAAAGGUAAAGGUUCUAAUGGUUUUAAUGAAUAGUAAUAAUGGCAGACCACUUACUCCAAACGAAAAUUCAAGGACGUCGAUUGACAAGAAGUUACUUGAUUCAAGAUUGAGUGUAGUAAAUGCAACAAUAACAAGAAUUAUGAAACAAGAAAGGAAACUCCACCAUUCGCAGCUUCAAGAAAGGGUAUCAGCAUCAGUGAAUUUAUUUGAGGUAAAUACUAGCAUGUUCAAGACAAGCUUGGAAUACCUAAUAAAUAACGAAUAUAUCCAAAGGGAUUUUGACAAUACAACCUUAUAUCAUUAUUUACCCUGA